GCAUUCCAGUAGCUUGUUGUAAACAAACACCAAUCCAAACCAUAUUACAAAUAUGGCUGGAGUGUUCGUUAGGAGUGAUAAAAGAUUCUCUAUUGACGAUGCAUUUGAAGAAGAAAACGAUGAAGCCAUUAAAAUAUAUGGAUCAACAACAGAAAGAUCGCCUCUUAAACCUAAAAAUCGAAGUAUAGCUUCAGAUGAAAGUAUAAUUGUCCAAAUUGAUGAUGCAAAUCACCGUUCUCACUCAACAAGGUUAACUUUUGCCGAUGAUACUUUGUCAAGAGACAGCGAUUCGCUGAUUCAUGAUGGAGGUUACCACACUGGCUUCUUUGAUCCGUCCCAGGCUUGUUGGCACCAUCCGAAAAUCAGGGAGAACUGGAAAAUGGUCUUAGCUGCUGUUAAUCUAUUGAUUGUGGGAAUAGGUUUGUUGUUAACGAGUAUUGUUGUCAUCUUCAUUCCUGACACAGGACUACAAGGGUUUGUGUUUUUCGUUGCCGGUAGCAUCUGUUUCAUCCCUGGGGCAUACCACGUUGUCUACAUCUAUCUGGCUGUGAAAGGAAAGCGUGGUUAUGACUUUUAUCACUUACCAUUAUUUAACUGAAUCGUAAACUGUUAAAUUAUUGAUAUUAUUUAUUGCUAGUCACCCUCUCCAUUACAUGUUAACUUACAAUAAAAUAUUCCUUUGUAUUAAACUAUAAUAAUGUUUUAAUUUGUAAAUAGUAUUCAAUUCUGUCAAUAUUUCUGUAAAAUUCACUUGUAUCUUUCUUCUUUACACUUAAUAUUCAUGUAGGAUAGAAACGUUUGAAGUUAAGUUCUACUAGUGUUCUAAUACUUUUAUUCUGAAUGGAUGUAUUUAUAUAAUCCUGUUGAUAACUAAUGAGCUCUGAGCUGUUAUAGAUUUAAUAUAUUAAAAUAAUGCUAAAGGACUGUCUCUCAAGAAUUUGUUAUGUAAAAUUUUAUUUCUUUUAAGAAGUUUUAUAAUUGUAAUGUAAUAUAUAGAUAAACAAUUAUUUUAUUAUUUGUAAAAUGUAAUUCAAUACACAGUGAACACCAUACAUAACCUUCCCGCGUGUGACAAAAAUUGUUGUCUAUCCCUUGAAAUUUUCCUACCUGUGGAAAAUUGUACCUAACAGUGAAUCUCAUUGUAAUGAAAACUUAUUUAUAAAGAAUAAUAUUUCAGGCCCUUCGAGCAAGCACAUGAGCACAUUCAUCAAAAUGCAGUGGAACCUGAAUGAAACGUGGAUAAUUUGAACUUAUAUCUUGGUCCCUUGACAUUCAUAUUGUAAAAAUUUGGUUAGCAUUUCAAAUUUUGUUUUGGUUACUUGAAAAGUGAUGUCUAUUGUACAUUAUUUCUUAGCUGGGAUUUAUAAAAAUGGAUGAGACAGCAUUAAAUUUCAUCAUCUACAUACUUGGCUCACUAUAACAGUGCACGAUGGUACAGACUGUGCUGAGUACAUUAAGCUAUGUCAUGUCUAGCCUCUCUCCACCAAAUAAUCUUUGCAUCCAUCAUGUCUGUUGUAAAUAUGCAAUUUUGCAAUAUGUGCAAUCUGUAUCACUGUUAAGGUCAGUGUCCUGUCCCUUACAAGGACCCUCCGAAAUAAGGGAGAAAACCUUUGUGUUUUCCGUCAUUGUCACAGUGCAUCAUUUAAGGUAAAUGUUUAGGAGCGGCGUUUAGUAAAAUUUUCAUAUUGCUUGAGACAUAUUUUUAUUUUGUUUAUUUUUGGUUUAAUGAUUGUGUGUGACAAAUGAUGUUUCAAACAGCGUAACUAAAGAAAGGAAAUAAUCUUUGACAUCUCAGUUUCUGAUACAGUACAGUUAUUUUUAUGAAAGUCAUGAACAUAAUAUAAUAUAGCCAUUAACUACCUGGAAGUGUUCAUUUGUUAAUACAAAAACAUGCUAAUUUUUAACAUUCAAUUUUAAAACUUAUUAUACACGGAUUUAAUUCCAAGUUGUGCAUUAUAAGAAGUACACCACAGUGAAACGUUAUCACUUUAGGGUCUAAUGUGUAAGGUACUUUAAAAGCUAGUAAAUUUACUUCAUUGCAAAAUACUAAAUAUAAAACACAAAGAACUUAAUGAUGUAUAGUUGUAGCUUUUAGUAAAAUAGGAUUGAAGUGGCUUGACUAACUGAUAGACUGGCGAAGUACUAAGCUGAAAUGAUGAAGGGUUGGCAAGACGAAAGUGAUGCCCUAGGACCAGGCGGGGAAACACCAAGUACAUUUCCCUUCACCGACAAUCACACUGAGCAUUUACUGCCUUUUUUUUUGCUAAUCUACUAAUAUAUUAUGUCUACAAUUGUGUAAACUUAGUUUGUGUGUGGUGUUGUAAAGUUUACGUAGUAUUGUCUAAAUAAAAUUUGGACGAAUAUUGUUUUAAUUGAUAUUACCGUACCAUGUCAGAUACUUGAAGGUCAAAUCAAUACAACUGUACUGUACUCACUGAGACCUUGUUUUGGACUGCUCUCUUCAUACCUCUUUCAUGAGGUUUGCCAACGAUAUGAUCCACGUCACACGUGUAAAGUGACUUGCACUCAAAAAUUACAGGUUCAGACAGAGAUGUCUCUUCUGACACCACAGCUUGCCAUAGAGUUUUGUCAUCUCUGACCAUUAAAUAUUUCUUAGUCUUAGCAUCACAUCUAGGUUGCUUAGCAAAACCGAGCGAGAUGAGGUUAAUAGAUCGAAUAAAGAGCCACCAGAUUUGUAAGUGCUACGCAGUCAGGCACUGCAUCCGUCCAUCCCAUUUGCAUCUGUAGUGUGAAUUAAGAGGAUUCAGAUGUUUAUACUAUUGACCUUCCCAUCUAUUUUUGUUUUAUUAUUAAUUUUUUAUCUAUAUUUUUGUCUAUCCUAUUCACUAUUUUCUAUAAUUACAGGUUCUAUAUAUUGCGGGCAAUAAAUAAAUAUAUACAUAUAUAAUAUAUGAUAUAAAAUAUAAACGUAAUCAAAUACUAAAACUUCUAAAUCCUUGGCUUCAUGUAGGUGUUCUUGGAUAACUUUUUGAACAGCUACAUUGUAUUCUUAUAGAAUAUAAUAAUUCGUAACUUAUUUGUAAUUAUGUAUAAUUUAAAUUUCUUCACUUUCAUAUGAGUUGGUUAUACCCAUUACAUAGCUAUUUAUUUAUAUUUCCUGAGCCAACACUUCUUGUUAAUUGCUUUGUGAAGUAAUCAACACAGUUUUAGCUCUGUACUCUUUGUAAAAAGAAUUCUACACACAUCACAAUUCUUCACUACACAUAUAAAGAUGAUCCGCUUACUGUUAUAAUCUUGUAAUUAUUCGAAAAAGGCUGAAUAAUUUUAAUUUAAGCUAUAUACAUAUAGACUGUUUUUUGCCAUUAGGAAAUAAGAUUAAUUUUGUUGUUAAUAUCAUUACUUCUCAUCAACUGUACUACAGUACUAUUGUAUGUUAUGUUUUGAUUGUAAUAGACUAAUAAUCUGUAUAUAGUAUAUCUAUGUGUGUAUGUGUACAGGGUGUGAACCAAAUAAAAUACAUAAAAUCAAUUUUUACUCAUGUUUGAAUAAAAGUUGAAUUGCAAAAUUAAUUUAAGGUGAUGAGAUUAAAAAAUAUAAAUUGUGUGUCACAGUUGGAGGUUCUAUAAAGUUACUUCAGCUUCCUAGAAUCACUAUCCUAGAAGUCACAUAAAAUAUUUGUUGAAUGAAAAUCUUAUUCAUACACUUUAUACUUGAUUUAUCUUGUCCAAAAUCCAUUACAAUAAGGAGAUUCAAAAUUAUGGCGUUUAUUUAAUAUUCAGUAGCUGAAGACUUUUUUCCAUAUUAUUUUCUUGUCUCAUCAAAAUCCCCCUCAGUGGCCACCAGCUGAGCCCAAGUAUGGGAACUGUCGUCGCUGAUGCCAUGCACGUCGCUGUGCCAUGCACGUUGCUGUGCCAUGCACGUCGCUGAUGCCAUGCACGUUGUUUGUUUGGUCGUAAAUUGUGCACAGUUUUACUUUAUAUAAUAUGAAGACAAUUAUUUUAGAGAUCUCGUACUUUAGAAAACACCCUGUAUACUGUUGUAAUAAACAAAUAUAUGUAUAUUCUGUUGUUUACCACAAAACCGUUGCUUGCUGUUUAGUUUAUGAAAUAACAAACACUAAAUUGGAAGAGGGUGAAAUCAAUUGUUUUAAUUUGUUUACAAUUUUAUAUAAUGUGAUGAAUGGUAUCGCAGUAAACAGUUUUUAUAUGCCAUAAUAAUAUAACUAGUAUAGUUUUGUACUGAGGACACUUGUGAUAUAGACUGUAUGAUCUCUGUGCAAUAUUAAAACAUUAUUUUUCUGUUUA